CUCUGGUGUGUUAGUAUAGAAGAUUUAGUGGCUCAUUUCUACAGUAUAUUUUACAUGGAAAGGAUUAUAAUUAGAAACAAACAUGCUUUGCCAAUUAGGGUUUGUAAUAAUUGCAAUUUAUGGAUUCAUGAAAAACUUUAAUCCUGACAAAAAUUACUUUUCCGAAAUAGUUUUCAGCCCUCCGAAGAAUUUAACAGUAGCUGAGGUAACUCAAGACAUAUACGGAGUUUCGGCUUACUCCAAUCUUAUCUUUGCCUUUGUUGCACUUCUGGUCACAGACAUACUACAGUACAAGACCAUAAUCGUUGUAGGAGCUUUGGCAGCUGCUGUAUAUAGUCCAGUCCUCUAUUUUGGAACUACCGUUACACAAAUUCAGAUUUCUCAGGCGUUACUCGGGUUCUACAAAGCUUCCCAAGUAGCUUAUAGUACCUACAUCUACACUCAAGUUAAGAAACAUAACUAUCAGGAAGUGACAGCUGUAGUGCAGAUAACUCCAAAACUGGGAACUUUGAUCUCGGCACUCUUAGCUCAGUUUCUCAUGUCAACCCACUUCAUCACUGUCCAGAGCCUCAUUCUCAUAUCUUGGGUUGUCCACAGUACUUCAUUUCUGACUACGCUUGCAUUGCCUACAGUGGAAGGCACUGCUUGCCCAACCGACAAAAAACCUGGUGAAACGCAAAGUGUUAAAGUGGCAGGCUGUCAGAGAUAUCGUCAUGCCGCCCGCCUACUCUGGGAGGAGCUCAAGUUUGCAGCCUCCAACGUAAACACCCUGAAGUGGUGUGUGUGCAGGAUCAUGUCUUACGGAGCCAACCAGUUGGUGUGUGAUUACUAUGUGCAAGCUCUUUGGAACGAUAUCACUGGAUCCAAUCAGAACACCAACAACGCCGGAGUAGAAGCCAUCUAUGCCUGCUGCAGCACCGUAAUAUGCUUCAUGGUGGGCAAGCUGAAGAUAGAUUGGCAGGACCACGGGGAUAUUGUCAUUGCAGUUUGUACCCUGGUACAAGCAAUGGCUCUCUAUGCUUCAGCACAGUCCUCGUCCAUCAUAAUUUCUUACGGACUUUACAUCAUUACAUCUGUGCUUUGUGACUUAUUGACAGUCAUCUGCAAUUCACAGAUAGCAUUGCAAAUCAAGUAUGACGGGUUUGGGCUCAUCUUCGGCAUCAAUUUUUUCCUAUCAGUCGGUUACCAAGGUAUUCUAACAUAUGUUUUGACUUCCAAGAACACUUUGGCUCUUCCUAUCCGUGAACAGUUUGUGGCAGUAGGCGUUUGUACGGCUAUUUUGGGAAUAAUAUUCUCAGCUUUAACGAUCUCAUCGAUGAUUUUCUCAAAAUCAGCUUUAGUAAAGGAAAGUCUUCCAACAGAGCUGAGUAUCAACAGUGUCAGCAAAGCUGCAACACUGGACAUCAGAGAAACUGGUCGCAACAGUGUCGAACAAUCUAGCCAAACCUCGCCAAGGUUAGAAACAAUCAACUCAGCCAAGUCAAAAGCAUCUAAUGGUGUCUGUAUGAAAUAUUAAUUACCAAUAAUGAUAAGAAUUGAAUGUAUAGUUUAUACAGAAAAAUAUAAUUACGAAGACCAUUGCAUUCUGGAGGUAACAUAUAGUUUAAAAACAAUAAAGAAAUAAGUACCCCUGCUGCAGUAAACCUGCAAACUAAGUGAACUUAUGAUCGUGUAAUAGGAUUUUUACUAGAAAAAUAUCCUGAAAUAAGUCAGAUCUAUUUCCUUAAGUGUUGCACUGAAUUGAAAACUUGAGGAGAAUUGCACAGUCUUUUUGACCGGGUAGGCUACAAUUAAAAAGCCAUAUUUCAUUAAGUUUUGCGAUAUAUUGUAAUCCCUCAAAAUAUAAAAAUGGUGUAAAACAUUUAAUUUACAACCUUCUGAAUAUGCUAAGUUGAUGUAACAUAAAAUUGACUGUUGAGUUGUAAUAAAAUCAUACACCUUGUAUUGUUUGUUUGAUGUAAACCGUUUCCUAUGUAUAACUCAAUAAGUCAAUAAUACCUUAUUAGUUUUCUAUGUACCUCUAUAAAUGACAAAUACAUAUGAUAAAACUGUGAAACUACAAAUAAACAUAGUUUGCUAAAAAAAAGUUUGGUUAAAUCAAUAAAUAAUUAUAAGUCAUCUCUGUCUUGUAGAGAGAAAAUUUCUUUAGGUUUUAAGAUCUCCUUCUUUAUCAUUAAAAUCUUUGCCUCCCUCAUCAAAUGGUUCAUUGAAAAGGUACCUUAGAAAAUAAUAUCCUACUAAGCCUCAUUAAACAUUCAACAUCCUCGUCUCUAUCAACACUCAACAAUGCACUAUCAAUCCUAUACUUUACUUGUUAGAUUCUGACGUCUAGCCACUGAGAGGUAUAAAUACUAUUCUGUGGCCCAGCACAUAAUUAAAUGCCGAUGCUAAUGUAUUAAAUAAAUGUUAUAUUACUAUUGCUACUUUCUAUUACAAUACUAUUUGGACUUUCACUGCUCUGCUUUUUUAAAAACACUUUCCGGUAUCUUGAUCACUUCACUAAAAAUAAAAGAU